GCGGCCAUGACGUGAAAUGUUUCGUAGCCUUUUCCAUCGUUCCCGUUCAUAUUUUAUCACAUUUCGUGGAUUUCUGGAAACACGACAGAACAACUUUGGAGCUCUAUAUCUUCACACCUCUUUUAUUAAGUUAAGGAGCAUUGAAAAUGAGGUAAAACCUUAAAAGCGCCUCGAUCAAACAUGUUGCCUUGCAGCAAGCUACAAAAGGUCUCAGGAUGCUUUUAUUUGUUUUUCAAGCAGAUUAAGCCUUUUGGAACGAGGUUUUCUUACCGUUUACAGAAACCAUGCGGUUGAAAAUUUCAAACCUAAACAUUUAGCGAUUGAACUUGACCUUAGGGUAGGAGGAUCCGUUACAAAGUGUAGCCAAGUUAACUGAACAGAUUGGGCUAUUACAUUUGACAUCUGUACCCCCCCCCCCCCCCCCGGUAGAGGAACCAUGGAAUUCUUCAGGGGUAAGUUAUAAAAAUUUCGGAUUUGUUCUAUGGCUGGGUAAAAAAAUAUGGAAUUCUUUGGAGGUGAAGCUUUAAUUUUCACAAAAUUCUUUAGGGGUACAUGUAUCCUUCAGGGGUGAACCUUUUUUUUAUGGAAGUCUUCAACGGUGAAUGCAAUUUUAGCCAAUCUUCAGGAGUAAGAAGAAAAGGUAAGUCCUCAACCGAGGACCAAUAGCCCAUUGUAAAGAGUUAAAAGAUUGUAGAGAGUAAUUAACAGACCCGCACUAUGGACAACUCUGUUCCUUUAUUUAUAUAUACACAGCAACCCCUUCGACCCCCUUCCCCACAGAUAUAGAUUGUGUUCUCUACCCAAUAGUCAAAUGGAUGGAGGGGGAUGGGGUAAGAGAGGGGUGUGGGCAGGGCAAUGGUAAAUUAAACUCCUUGAUAGAGGUGUCCUCUUAAUAAAGGUCCAUUACAAUAUUAAUACAGGUUCAUUUUGUGCUAGUUUGACUGUAUUAAGUGAACCUUUCUUAACUCUGUCAUGUCCUUGUUUUUCAGAAUCUUAAUGGAUUGGGUAUAAGCUAUAAAGGAAAGAUUCCUGUUGGUAAACCUGCUGCCCUUGUUUUUAUAUUCCUGUGUUGUCAUCUGUGUUUGUAAAGAGCAUAGAUGAAAGUUGAAUGUUACUUACAAUAAUGUAAAAACAAAAACUAAUGUUUUACCAGAUAGGUAACAGUUUGCCGUAUAUCUGUUCAGUUACGGUGAAUAUAUCCUAGGUGACAUCAUGAUGUUGCAACGGUAUUGUCAGAACAAAAAAAGUGGCAGUACAUUGGUCAAGGACGUUCUUACCAAAAUUAUGACAUUUCCUGUGAUCGAUAAAUGAAAAGACAAUUAUUUGGUAAUCAGUAUAUACUACUUUUGAUUUACAAGUACCAUAAUGUAAACUGCCACUUAUGAGUUCCACCAUAUAGAAGUGCCCCAUGUAUAGGCCCAUCCACCUGUAAACAAAAAAAUUUAAUCCAAUUACACCCACUGUAUAAGCCCCCCCCCCUUCCCCCCCCCCCCCCCCCUACACUGGAUAUAAGCCCUCACUCAAGGUAUUGAAAUGAAUUUGGUUUAUUAAGAUGCAGUAAAAAAGCAGUCAAUGCAAAACUUAUUUUGAUCAGCACUGCUAUAGGGCUUAUAUAAGCCCCUCCGUUUGUAAACCCUUCUAAGACCCCUACAAGGAAGUAUAAGCUCAGGGCUUAUAAGCAACAGUUUGGUAUGUGAUAGAAUCCAGGUUCUCAAUGAAAUUUAAGGCAGUUUUAAAAUGGAUGUUAUUGUGUCAAUGAUUUGUAGACAGGCUGACUAUAAAGUAUGCAAGAAGCUCUGGUCCUGGGGGACAAAAUGUAAACAAAGGUGUGUAUUGCCUGGCUGCAAAAAUGAGACAACUGAAGAUAUACUGUAGGUAGCAAGGCUACAAUUGAAGAGGGUGCCUGGAAUAAGGUCCUAGGAGGUCUUUGAUGUAAUGUCAAACUCUCCUUUUGUUUCACUAGUAAAAACAAGGCAAUUUAGAAGGAGAAAAUAACUCUUUAACAAUACCGUAAAUGAUCUAAUAGACACCCAGCAUUUAUUUAAUUUUUGGUGGUUGAUAGAUAGGAGGAGUUUGACAUUUGGGAUGGGGGGGGGGGUAUUUAUUUGACAAGAGGCAUUUUUUUGAGAGAGGGCAUCAAUUAGAUAAUUUUCUGUAGUCACUUAGGGUUUUUUCAUGCACUCUCUCAAUUAAGAGUGACUGUUCCACCUUUUAAACUAAGUUGCUGAACCCAAUUUUUUUUUUUUUUGCAAAUUUAUGCAUUCAGAAUCAUUAGGAGGCCCAUGUGGCUGGAACUUUACCCCGUUUCAGGUUGAUAAAGCAACCAAAUAAGAGGGAGUAUUUCUUUACUGACUCAUUUUAUUGUGAUAUUUUUCAGUUAAUACCAAGGUGGACUUGAGAUUUCAUUUGUUAAGUGCAGACUGGAUCCCUGAAAAUGUUCAGCAAAAGAUUUUAGAGAGAGUAAGACUAAAGUAUACUUACAUAAACCUCAUCGUUAUCAAACCAUGUUAUAGCACCCUGGUUACUCCUCACUAUGACAUUCUAACCCUUGUUUAAACGUGUAAUGUUGAGUAAUUUUGUUCACUGGCCAUAAAUAUUAUAAUACCUUAAGGCUUUACCGCCAGUUUGUAAGGAAGAUGUUUUGGGUGGUUCUCCACUUGCCAUCAGUUUUGAAAAAGUGAGUUUUAAAUUUGAUACACAGUUCAUUAAGAGAAAAUAAGAGAACUCACUCUUCAUAAAGGUCAUAAAUGAGGUUUGAAAAUGUGAUUUUCACUGCUGGUCAGAUUAGCAGGACACAAUAUUAUUCUGUAUGCAGUGGAAAUUUUGCCGAAAGCAAACAUAUAACAGCACAAAACUCUCAGAAUGAGUUAUUUUUUUAGCUAACAAAGCAACAGAUGAAUGACCCAAACAAUGUUCCUAGCCUUAAAAACAUUAACAGCUGUGUUUCAAAGGCCAAUAAAAAUACAGGUCUCUGAGAGCUUUGUGGUUCCAUAGUAGUAACUGGAUGCCAGUGUAGGUCCUGCAUGUGACUGCUUAUUACCAGUGUGCAUCACAGAUGUUGUCUAACCCCAGCUAGUAACGUCUGCAAAGCAGUGCCAAGAUCCUUGCUCUGGGCCCCAUAAGUGCAUUUCGAAUGUCCCUCAACCUGACUGGCGAAUCGACAAUGGCUGUCCUAACUGGGCAAUAAUUAUUACUGUGCAUACUCAAAUCCUGGCACAAUGGUGUGGGCUCAUCACAGGGUUUGGUACUGGCUCGCAGGUAUAAGUUUCGUCAGUUGCGCAGGCUACCUUAUAAAUCCAAAUUUUUUUUACAUAUAACAGGAAAAGAAUCGCAUCAACAAGGAGGGUGAGCUAGUUAUAAGCUCUACCAAGUACAGAACCCAAUUUAAAAACUUGGAAGAUGCUAUUCAGAAACUGGAAACCAUCAUUGAGGAUGCAUCAUUUGUUCCCAAAGAAACCACCCCAGAGAAAAGGGCUUAUGUACGGAAACUGUAAGAAAUUUCUUCCUUCUUCUUGUUACCCUUUUAACUACACUGUACACCCUUAACUUACAGGCAUAGGAUGAACUUUAUAGGGAUUGUUUGAUUGGCUGAAGUAAGUGGCCAGGAAAACUACGUGGAACUUCCCCUAAAGCGACCACCCAAAAAAAUGGGUGACCGGUCGUUUCGCCUAUGAGUCGUUUCGCUAACGCCUUAUGCCGUUUCGCCGAGACGCAAAACGAGCGCUGCGCAUGUAUAUGCUUCGUUUUCUCUGCCAUGAUACAAACAAGUGGUAUACGCAUGUAAAUACUUCGUUCUUUCAGCCACUGAUCUGGCGAAAGCAAUUAGGGAACUGACUGACCUAGCACGUACCCGGAACGACUUCAGAAGUUAGCGAACAUGUAGGAUGUUGAUGAAAUGACUGGUAGGCAAACGACGUUAAGCCUGACUAAUUUUUGAGAAACUGGGACUAGUACCUGUUACAAUACCCACAUCCCAGGUAACACCGUGACGGUAAAGUAGUUUUAUCAGGAUGGUUUACGGUCAUCUCGCCACCACAUAACAACACUGCAAUAAUUGACGCUGUUUACUUACCUGGGAUUGUUACUUCUUCGUCAAUCCCAGUUAUAAGUUUAUCGAUUUUAAUUGACACCUUGCGUCGAACUUCUUAUCUUUAGUUCUAUUUUUUUGUGUGUGAAUAAUUGCGACUUUUUAAUACGUUAUCUCCUUAAAUUUCAUUGGGUAAAUUUUAAAGUGAAAGAAUUCUUUGUAGAGAUUUGCCCCUUGGAUAUCAAUAAAGAUUAAGUAUUAAGAUAUAAUUAUAUCUCUUGUCCGCGAUUUCGUUGGUGGCGAGGUGACCGGAUAUCACCGGGAGAGAGCCUACCUGAUUUUCGAUACUUUAUGGACAGACCCAAUCGAUUUGUCGGGAACUGGGAUUUCGCUCAUUUGAAAGCCGGCUUCGGAAUUUUAAAGCAAAAUGGGGUUGAGAUUCGGGAUUUUAAGUAUGCACGCAAUGCGGGAUGCCCAAAAUAACCCUCGGGACCCGGGAUUUGCCUUCUGUGAAGGCCGGGAAUCGGGAUUUUAAAGCAAAAUGGGGGUGAGAUUCGGGAUCGAAAGUAUGCACGGAAUACGGGAUGCCCAAAUAACCCUCGGGAUCCGGUAUUUAGCUUAUUUGAAAGCCGGCUUCAGAAUUUUAAGGCAAAGUGGAGGUGAGAUUCGGGAUUGAAAGUAGGCACGCAAUGCGGGAUCUCGAACAUAAUCACCGGGAUAACGGGAUUGAGCGAAAAUUUAGGUCGGGAUAACGGUAUUAAAGAACCCCAUUGGUGACCCUGCCUCAUGGAACUAAGGCUUGCGUUCUGCUUAUCUUUCAGGAUGCGACACGCCAAUGAAAAGCGUCUUCGUGCAAAGAAGUUCAUGUCCGACAAGAAAAGAGACAGAAAGCAGCAAUGAGAGCAUCUGUUAACCAAGGCUCAAGGUGAAUGUCACAGGGCAAAGAAAACAGCGACAAACCCAUUUUCAAGAUACUGGACUGCAAGGCAUUGGUAUUCCUGUGUAAGAAGACUUGGUGGGGAUGCGCUGAACGACAGCCUUUUCAGAUGAGGGCGGAAAAAAUUCACUAACAACUGUUUAAAAAGCACCUGCGUACCCUCUGCUUUUCUUUUAUCGAAUAACAAAAAACCUUAACCUGGAAGACAUGCGGGCUAUGCUAGUUGACUCCAUUACAUGCAGCUUCUCAGUGAAGAACAUGAAAAAACUGGGAUUGCCGGGCAUAAAAAAGGAAUUUUCAAAUACAAUGGUACCAUAGAAGCAAUUCUUCGAUUUUCGGUCAUCGCUUACAAUGUGUUUUCCCUCUGGAAAAAAAUAUCUUGUACUGUUUUACUGGCUGCAAAUACAGUGAGC